GAGAGAGCUCAGAAUAUAUUUAAUUCUAGAGUAAGAAUGUACAGCGAAAAAUUCUUCUAAAUUACAGAAACAGUACCUUCCCCAUGACAGCACAUUUCUAGAGAGAGAAACAACGAUCCAAUUGUUAUUCAAUCUUAUUCCACUAAUCAUAUCUCCUGGAUUGGAUUUUGGUGUAUAACUGUUUGGAAGAGAGAAUUGUUAGUGGGGGAGAAGUUCCUUAAGUUAAUCAUCAAGAGGAAAAAAAGGAGACUUUGCUUUUGCUUUUUGUCAAGUGCGGAGAUUCUGGAGGCGCCGAUCUGACUCGCUGAGUUGAGGGCUCGCUCUCGCUCUCGCUGUGUUGAUGAUCUGAGGAGCAGGAGAUCGAGUCUUACCAGAUUCGUCAAUGGGAUCACCAGUUAAUAUCACAGUUGGUUCUCAUGUAUGGGUUGAGGAUCCUGCCUUGGCAUGGGUUGAUGGACAAGUGAGCCGGAUAAACGGGCAAGAUGUUCAUGUGAAAACUAAAAAUGGGAAACAGGUUGUUGCGAACAUCUCUAAAGUAUUUCCGAAGGAUACUGAAGCACCACCUGGAGGUGUGGAUGAUAUGACUAAGCUUUCAUAUCUUCAUGAACCAGGGGUCCUGCAAAACCUGGCGACAAGAUAUGAACUAAACGAAAUAUAUACUUAUACUGGAAAUAUUCUGAUUGCUAUAAACCCUUUCCAAAGAUUACCCCAUCUGUAUGAUACUCACAUGAUGGAGCAAUACAAAGGGGCAGCACUUGGAGAGCUAAGUCCUCAUGUUUUUGCAAUUGCAGAUGUUGCUUACAGGGCAAUGAUCAAUGAGGGAAAGAGCAACUCCAUUUUAGUUAGUGGAGAAAGUGGUGCUGGUAAAACUGAAACAACUAAGAUGCUCAUGAGAUAUCUUGCAUAUUUGGGUGGUCGGUCUGGAGUAGAAGGACGAACCGUUGAACAACAAGUUCUAGAGUCAAACCCAGUUCUUGAAGCAUUUGGAAAUGCCAAAACUGUCAGGAACAAUAACUCAAGUCGUUUUGGUAAAUUCGUUGAGAUCCAAUUUGACAAAAGUGGGAGGAUAUCUGGAGCCGCUGUUAGAACUUACUUGCUGGAGAGAUCUCGCGUUUGCCAGAUUUCAGAUCCUGAAAGAAACUACCAUUGCUUCUAUCUUCUCUGUGCAGCACCACCUGAAGAAAGAGAGAAAUACAAGCUUGGAAGCCCAGAAUCAUUCCACUAUCUAAAUCAAUCCAAGUGUUACAAACUCGAUGGAGUAAGUGAUGCUGAAGAAUACCUUGCGACUCGAAGGGCUAUGGAUAUAGUCGGAAUAAGUGAGGAUGAGCAGGAGGCAAUAUUCAGGAUAGUUGCUGCAAUUCUUCAUCUAGGUAAUAUUGAGUUUUCCAAGGGGAAGGAGAUUGAUUCUUCGGUAGUUAAGGAUGAGAAGUCGAGGUUUCAUCUCAACACGACUGCUGAAUUACUCAAGUGUGAUCCAAAGAGCUUGGAAGAUGCACUUAUUAAGCGAGUUAUGGUGACACCUGAGGAAAUUAUCACCAGAACUCUUGAUCCAGAAGCUGCAUUGGGUAGCCGAGAUGCUUUGGCAAAGACUGUAUAUUCUCGACUUUUUGACUGGAUUGUGGAAAAAAUAAAUAUCUCCAUUGGGCAGGAUCGUAACUCCAAAGCAAUAAUAGGAGUUCUUGAUAUAUAUGGUUUUGAAAGUUUUAAGCAAAACAGUUUUGAGCAGUUUUGUAUCAAUUAUACGAAUGAAAAAUUGCAGCAGCAUUUUAACCAGCACGUCUUUAAGAUGGAACAAGAAGAUUAUGAGAAAGAACAGAUUAACUGGAGCUACAUUGAGUUUGUUGAUAACCAAGAUGUUUUAGAUCUAAUUGAGAAGAAACCAGGAGGAAUAAUUUCGUUGCUAGAUGAAGCUUGCAUGUUUCCUAAAUCUACUCAUGAAACAUUUGCUCAGAAGUUGUAUCAGACUUUUAGCAAAAAUAAGCGCUUCAUCAAACCCAAACUCUCGCGUACCAAUUUUGCAAUAUCUCACUAUGCAGGAGAGGUGUUAUACAUGGCAGAUCUUUUCCUGGACAAGAACAAAGAUUAUGUGGUGGCAGAACAUCAAGAUUUAUUAACAGCUUCAAAAUGCUCUUUUGCAGCUGGUUUAUUUCCUCCUAGUCCAGAAGAAUCAUCGAAGUCUUCCAAGUUUUCAUCAAUAGGAUCACGCUUUAAGCUGCAACUUGUAUCUUUAAUGGAUACACUGAAUUCAACAGAACCUCAUUACAUCAGAUGUGUGAAACCAAACAAUGUCCUGAAGCCUGCCAUUUUUGAGAAUGUCAACAUUAUUCAGCAACUGCGAUGUGGUGGUGUUCUCGAAGCUAUCAGAAUCAGUUGUGCUGGAUACCCCACCAGACGUUUGUUUGAUGAGUUUCUUCUGCGGUUUGGUGUUCUUGCUCCUGAAGUUUUAGAUGGGAACAUUCCUGACAAGGCUGCAUGUCAGAUGAUCUUGGAUAAAAUGAGAUUAGAGGGGUAUCAGCUAGGUAAGACAAAGGUCUUCCUUCGAGCUGGUCAGAUGGCUGAACUAGAUACUAGAAGAGCAGAAGUUCUUGGAAAUGCAGCCAAAACAAUUCAAAGGCAAAUUCGUACUUAUAUUGCUCGGAGAGAUUUUGUUGUAUUGAGGAGAGCUGCAAUACAAUUACAGUCAUGUUGGCGAGCUAUUUCUGCUUGCAAUUUCUAUGAGCAAUUGCGACGUGAAGCUGCUGCUCUUAAGAUUCAGAAGAACUUCAGAUGCUACACUGCCCGGAUAUCUUACAAAGCAUUGCAGAAUUCUGCUAUCAUAGUGCAGACUGGCAUGAGGGCAAUGACCGCUCGUGGCGAACAUAGAUUCAGAAAACAGACCAAGGCUGCAAUUAAAAUUCAGGCUCAUGCACGUGGUCACAGAGAAUAUUCGUAUUAUAAAAGUCUCCAAAAGGCUGCUAUUGUUACACAAUGUGGUUGGAGGCAACGUGUUGCCCGCAAAGAGCUCCGAAAGCUUCGAAUGGCUUCUAGGGAAACAGGAGCCUUAAAAGAAGCAAAAGACAAGCUAGAAAAAAAAGUAGAGGAGCUUACCUGGCGCUUGCAGUUUGAGAAGCGAUUAAGGACCGAGUUGGAGGAAACAAAAGCACAAGAAAUUACUAAGUUGCAGGAGGCAUUACAUUCAAUGCAAAUACAAGUGGAAGAAGCAAACGCUAGGGUGAUAAAAGAACAGGAAGCAGCUCGCAAGGCAAUCGAAGAUGCACCACCAGUCAUUAAAGAAACCCCAGUUGUGGUCCAAGACACAACAAAGAUUGAUGCAUUAACAGCCGAGGUAGAAAGUCUCAUGGCUUUGCUGCUUUUGGAGAAACAGGCUGCAGAAGAGGCUAAAAAGGUCUGUGCAGAAGCUGAAUCCAAAAAUGUGGAUUUUGCUAAAAAGUUAGAGGAGGCUGCUGGAAAAGUGGAUCAGCUUCAAGAUUCCACGCAAAGACUUGAAGAGAAGCUAUCGAACCUUGAGUCGGAGAAUCAAGUACUUCGUCAACAAGCCCUAACCAUGUCACCUACAGGGAAAACUAUGCCUGCAAGAACCAGGACAGCUAUCAUUCAGAGACCUCAGGAGAAUGGAAAUAUUCACAAUGCAGAAACGAAGCCUAAUUAUGAUACAGCUCUUGUUGUUGCAUCUCCAAAGGAACCUGAAUCUGAAGAAAAACCGCAGAAAUCUCUCAAUGAAAAGCAGCAAGAAAAUCAAGACCUUCUGGUGAAAUGUAUAUCUCAAGAUCUGGGUUUCGCUGGUGGCAAACCUGUCGCUGCUUGUCUUAUUUACAAAAGCCUUCUUCACUGGAGGUCAUUUGAGGUUGAGAGGACAACUGUGUUUGACCGCAUAAUUCAGUCUGUAGCUUCGUCCAUAGAGGUCCCUGAUAACAAUGUCGUUCUAGCCUACUGGUUAUGUAAUACAUCGACUCUGUUAAUGCUGCUUCAACAUACACUCAAAGCAAGCGGGGCAGCUAGCUUAACCCCCCACAGACGGAGGUCAUCAUCAGCUUCUCUUUUUGGGAGGAUGUCACAAGGAUUGAGGACCUCACCUCAGACUCCUGGAGUGUCGUUUCUGAAUGGUCGGAUGCUUGGUAGACUAGAAGAUGUGAGGCAAGUAGAAGCCAAGUAUCCCGCCUUGUUGUUCAAGCAGCAGCUUACUGCUUUUCUGGAAAAAAUAUAUGGAAUGAUCAGAGACAACUUAAAGAAAGAAAUUUCUCCUUUGAUUGGGUUAUGUAUCCAGGCUCCCAGGACAUCUCGUUCAAGUUUAGUUAAAGGCCGUACCCAAGCUAAUGCUGUUGCUCAACAAGCACUAAUUGCUCAUUGGCAGAGCAUUGUGAAAAAUCUAAACAAUUACUUGAAGAUCAUGAAAGCAAAUUAUGUUCCAUCUAUCCUGGUCCGGAAGAUUUUCACUCAAAUAUUUUCUUUCAUCAAUGUCCAAUUAUUCAACAGCCUUCUUUUACGGCGCGAAUGUUGCUCAUUCAGCAAUGGGGAGUACGUCAAAUCAGGGCUGGCUGAAUUAGAACAAUGGUGCUCUAAUGCAACCGAGGAAUAUGUAGGCUCAGCUUGGGAUGAACUGAAGCAUAUUAGACAGGCAGUUGGAUUUUUGGUCAUUCAUCAAAAGCCCAAGAAAACCUUGAAUGAACUUACGAAUGAACUUUGUCCCGUGCUAAGCAUUCAACAGCUAUACAGGAUUAGCACCAUGUACUGGGAUGAUAAAUAUGGCACUCAUAGUGUUUCUGCAGAUGUCAUUUCAAGUAUAAGAGUUAUGAUGACAGAGGACUCUCAGAAUUCGGUUAACAGUUCCUUUUUGUUGGAUGACGACUCGAGCAUUCCCUUCUCUGUUGAUGACCUCUCCAAAACCAUGCCACAAGUAGAUGUGGCUGAUGUGGAACCUCCCCCGUUACUCCGUGAAAACUCGGGAUUCGUAUUUUUACUUCAAUGAUCCGAAUCAUGAUCUUGCUACCAUCGCCAUUGAAGUUGAAUCCAUACAAGAAAAGCAUGUGAAUCUUUGUGCAUACAAUACUACUAUAAUUGUGUUCAUUUCCAUUGUAUAUUUUCAUCACAAUUUGCUCGGCCAACAGUAAUUGGUUGUUGUCCGUGUCAAUUCCAAUUUUCGGGCCUCGUGCCUCGUCGGCGUGAGGGGCAUUGUUAGGAAGGCCACACGGCCUAAUUAGGUUUGCCAUGAUAUGUAAUUUAUAGCAUAUGCAUUGGCGUUUCUUCAUGAUUCUUUUUGUUUUUUUCGUGUGCUGUAAAGUGAUAGUUGUGUGAAGAGUGGCUGAAGGGUAUUAAUUCUUCUUUUAUUGAUUUAGAUUGUCAACAAGAAAUUGUAUAUGUUUGAAGAGUGAUUUAUUCAAUUUAAUUUUCUCUAUAAUAGAAGGAUUUUUCUUCUCUUA